UCACUAGUUAAAAUUAUAUUUCAGACAACUGAAAUGCAAUUCUAAAUCUCCGUAUCUCUGUGCCUACGAGUUACAAUUCCAAGCCAACAUGUCAUUAAUUCGUAUUUGAGGGUCAGAAAUUAAUUUUAAAUAUCUAGAAUUCCAUUUAUUAUAUCUGUAAUGUAGGAGCAAUUUUAGAUAUCUCAGAUGAGGAUUUCCCCUAGUGAGAAAUCAUUUUUUGACAUAAAUAGUAUACAUUCUUACAAGUGAGAACUGAGUUGUAGAUAUCAUUAAUCAGAAUUGCAGCUAGUUAAAAUGACAUUAUGGAUAUGCUGACUUUGAAUGAUAAAGCAUCAAAAUUGAAUUAUAGAUAUCUGUAACUGAGUUUGAAUAGAAGUCAAUUGUACAAGUUGACUAGCUGUAACUAAGGUACAGAUAUCUACAAUGUGCAUUGUCACUUUCACACAUUGAGAAAUUAAAGAGGGAUAUCAAGAAUGAACAUUUUGACUACUUAGAAAUUACUCGUUGAUAUCUGUAAUUAGUUACAAGUCAAAAUUACAUUGUGAAUAUGUUUGCUUGGAAUUUUAACUUGUCACAAACUAAUUGUUGAUAUCUGCAAUUGCUGCUACUGAUGAAAUGAUAAAAGGGCUCAGCAUACGCACAAACUCAUUUCACCCUGUUUUUAUACGAAUAUUGAUUAGUGCACCUACAAACAAAUAGUACACCUAAAUACAGGUGUAUUUUUAAUGAAUUGUAGCUCUUAUGGUAGCUACAUGAACUAACCUCAUGCAGGAUGGACUUGGAUCCCCCACCUGUCCUCUUACCUGUAUCUAGUCAAUCAUUAAUGUCUCCAGUCAGACAGGGUUUGUUCAGGUACACGGAAACGACAGGACAAAAACCGUUCCGAACACAACGCUCUCUCAUUGUGAUCCAGAAAAAGUUAGUUUGAUAUUCAGUUGGCCAUUAAUCUGUUGUUUUGGUUGGUGGCUGCAUUUAUGUGUUUGUUUUGUGACAGACAGAGUGUACAGGAACAUUAAAUAUACAAUGACAAGAGGAGCAAACUGUAGCUGGAUCGGGCCUGAGAUCCCUCUGUCAUCAGAGAUCUUCAGUGCCAUUAAAGAUGAGCUGUGGCUUUUUCUCAUUCCGGCCGGCCUGGCUGUCAUUUUACUGGGAGUGUUUCUGGAGGAAGUGGGCUUCUUCCUGCGCCACGUUACCCUGUCCAGACGAAAAUGGCUCUACCUGUGGAUCUUAGGAACGUACCCGGUGUUUGCCUUGACCUCCGUUAUAGCGCUGUAUGUGCCACGCUCUUCCUCACUGUGUAAUUUCAUUGCUUCAUUGUAUCACUCGAUCACUUUGUUGAAAUUCAUGGGACUGAUCACAGACUUCUUUGGAGGGAAAGCUCGUAUGCUGGCUGCUUUGUCUGGACAGCAGGUAUCUCCAGAUCCAUUUCCCUGUUGCUGCUGCUGCUGUCUCCCUAUGGUGGCCAUCAACAGCAGCAGUCGUGGCUGGAUGAUGGCUGCUGUUCUGCAGCUCUCUGUUGUCCGCAGCAUCUUGUUCUUUAUCACUCUGGUUCUGUGGACAGAUGAACAGUACAACUAUGGUGAUGUGGAUUCAGUCAACCCCAACUUGUAUGUGAAUGGUAUCAUAUGUGUGUCAACCCUCGUGUCCUUCUAUGGUCACCUUCUGUUUUACAAAGCCACUAAGAGUGCUUUACACGGCUACGGACUGAGAGCCAAGUUCAUCUGCAUCAUUGUGGUGCUGGUGCUGUGUGGCCUGCAGAAUGGCAUCUUAGAAACUAUGGGUGCUCUGGAGGUUAUCCCAUGCACUCCUCCCUUCUCUGUUCUGACUAGGUCCCAGUUGAUCUACCACUACUGUGUUGUUGUGGAGAUGUUUUGCAUCGGUCUAUAUGCCCGCCACACUUUCCGUAAAGUGGAGCCGAUAAUGGUAGAUGAUUUGGAGGGGCCUAUUGGUGUGUCGCAGUUGGACAAAGCUGUUCAAACAGACAAUGUUGAGAUGACACAUCACAAGCCCAACCUUUUAUCAGAGGACACCUUGUCCGGUCACUGCCUUGCCGGUGCCUUCAAUCCCAGUUACACGAGUAACAGCGAGGACAGCCUGUGCAGGAUAGAGCAUGCACCUCUGGAUGGUUUCACCUUCCCUCAGGCUGGAGGUCAGCAGUCAGGCAGGCCAGAACCAUUGGAAUCCAGUUCUGCAGAGGAACCUGGUGUAGAUCUGACCCACAUUACUGUCAGGGCUGACAUUAACUAUCAGGACUAUAAGGAUGUCACUGUGGUUUGAUCAACUAUAAGAAACCAAGCAAAAGUCUAAAUACAGUGUCUAAGUGUCUAAGUCUAAGCUUAACCACUGAGGAUGGUGGGGCCCUGAGGACUUGUCUGGAGAACUGCACACUGAGCCAUGACAAACUGACCGAACAUGAAACUGUUUGAGCGUGGUAAAUCUCCUGGGGCAGAUUCAACAAACCUUUUAAACUUACAUUUCUGAGGUUUAAACUGUCCAAACUAUACACUGCUGCCAUAAGCUGCUACAGAAUGAUGAAUUAUUCAACACUUGGUCUCAUCAAUAGAAAUGUCAUGUUUCUGUUUCUGGCUAUUUAAAAUCCCUAGAGUUUGUGUUAAUAGUUCAUGUUUUGUACUGUAUAUACUAUUUGUCUGUUCCACAGACUAUCACAAUAAAAGUGAAAGUUUCUAUGAAUACAAGAUAACAUAAAACCCUAAGAAUUUGAAAGGGCUGGAAACUGCUGUCCCUUAAAAUUCUGUGCUACAACAUCCAAGUUCAGUGUCCUGCAACAUUGUGUAUCCUUAACCUACUGUGGCAUGGAUUUGACCACAUUUAUACAUGACUUUGGAUGAAAGUGUCAGCCAACUGAAAGAGAGGUCUUUCUUGCCCAAGCAAAAACACUCUGUACACUCGCCUUAUACUUAAAGCAACAGAAAUUAAAUUGUAUUUUUUUUAGUGUGCAAAUAAUAUAUCCUAUGAAAUGAGUACAGAAAAGAGAAAUUUACUGUUUUCAUUUUUUGAUUUCAUGAUUGUGCCCCACCAAUCAGAAUCUGUUUAUUUCUUGUUUACAUAUAUGGAGAACUUCUUUGCAUACAGCCAAUUUAAUUGUUUUAUUUUAAACUGCAAAUGAAAUAACAACCCAAUAGCCUUGUAGUUAAUGUCUUGCUAAUGCUAAUGUCCUUUUGACAGAAGCCAACUGUCUGAUGUCUCCUGUUCUUGCGUAUUUUAAAUAUCAGUACAGCCAAUUACACAACACCAGCUGUGGUUUAUAUGGACUGAUGUUCAUUUUGUCUAAAAAAAAUAAAAUAGACCCAAUAGCAGUGAUAAGGUGGCCCCACCACUUGAGCACCAAUGCAGAGUUACAGUUCAUCUAAUUAUGAUCAGAUCAGUAUACAGUGCACUGAACAGAAAAAUAUUU